AAUCAUGAAGCCUCUACACCUGUUCUACUGUGCGAGCCUGCUCGGUUUGACCACCAUGUCAGGCUUGUUGUUGUUGUUGUACCACUGUGCACCUGUCCUGUACUACCUGUGCACGGGGAUACUACUGGGGUCAGUGGGAUACUGUGUGGUUCUCUACUUGGCGCCGAAGAGCCGAGUGAGCGGGGAGGGCAAAGCUGUCUUCAUUACAGGUUGUGACAGUGGUUUCGGAUUUGGACUGGCCAAACGCCUGGACUCGCUGGGCUUCACGGUGUUUGCCGGCUGUCUGCUGGCAGACAGUGGUGGGGAGGGGCUGAAGAAACUCCAUGCGGAGUGCUCGAGCAGGCUGAGUACUGUUCAGAUUGACGUCACUGAUGAUGGACAGGUGCAGGCCGCUGUACAACAGGUCAGGGACAGUCUACCGACUGGGUCUGAAGGUCUUUACGCUUUGGUGAACAAUGCUGGGGUCUGGCAGACGGGGGAGAUAGAGUGGGUCAGCAUGGCCACCUACAGACGUGUGAUGGAAGUGAACACCUUCGGUACCGUGCGGGUCACCAAGGCGUUCUUGCCUCUGAUUCGUAGGGCGAAAGGACGUGUCGUGAACAUCUCUAGUGUAGGUGGGCUUCACGCAGGCCCUAUGGCUAGUGCCUAUUCCAUAAGCAAGGCAGCCAUGGAAUUUUUCUCGGACGCCUUAAGGCAUGAGAUGCACAAGUGGGGAGUUAAAGUUGUCAUCGUGGAGCCGGCCAGCUUUGCACGGGCUACAGAUAUCGUCUUGCCUGCAGUCUACAAUAAGUUCGUUGAGGAUAUGCGGAACAACUUGGAAUAUGUUGUCAAGGAGGAUUAUGGCAUGGAGUAUUUCGACUUCAAGAUGGAAAAACGGAGGCUGUAUGCCCACGAAGGUCAUGCGAGGGUUCCAACGGCUGUGAUAAACGCCAUGGUGGACGCCGUCACCCUGACCACCCCUUCACAUCGCUACUUGGUCGGGUCGAGUUUCGAGAACUACGUCACUUGGAUGUGGUUGGGCUACUUUCCCACACGGUGGACGGGUUCUACCCUGCUGGCUGAAAAGGAAGGGGACCCAAAACCAGCCAUGAUGAAGAAAAAUCACUAGAACACAUUUUCACAAUCUCAUAUGAUUGGUCACUUCUAUUAUGUAUUCUGAGUAGAUUGUAAAUUGGUAGUAAAAUCCCCAACUAGCAACCAUCAGUAGGUAAGAGCAGCUACUGGGCAUGAAAAUCCUUGUACCCGUCGAUAUGUUUGUGAAAAUUUUUAAACACUGCAAGAGAAACCUGUUAAUAAGCAUGUAGUUAUGUCACUAACCAAUGCAUCUCAGGGAACAUUCCUGGUGGAUGAUGUCA